UCAGUUCGGCAGCCCCAGGGAGCAGAGCAGAGCCCAGCCCUGCACCAAACACAGAUGGGACCAUGAUCUCCAGCCGCAGCUUUAGCCAGAGCCUCUCAGGCUCCCUCCAUGGCACAGGAGGCAGCUGGGGCCAGCUGGGGAGCUUCCCUCGAACUCCCAGCGUCCACGGGGGUGCCGGGGGUGUCCGCGUCUCCCUUUCCUUCAGCUCACCGAGCUGCCUGCCUCCUGGAGGGUCUUGGGGAUCCAGAAGAGGCCAUUCCCUCCCGGUCGGGAAUGGGAAGGAGAUGAUGCAGGACCUCAACGACCGGCUGGCCUCCUACCUGGAGAAGGUGCGCGCUCUGGAGGAGGCCAACGAGAAGCUGGAGAGUCGCAUCCUGAAGUGGCAUGAGCAGAGAGAUCCUGGCAGUAAGCAAAAUUACUCCCAGUAUGAGGAAAACAUCAGCCAGCUGCAGGAGGAGAUCAUGGAUGGCAAGCAGACCAACGCUCAGAUCACUCUUCUCAUUGACAACGCCAGGAUGGCAGUGGAUGACUUCGGCCUCAAGUACGAAAAUGAACACUCCUUCAAGAAAGAUCUGGAAAUUGAAGUUGAAGGCCUCCGAAAGACUUUGGAUGAUCUGACUAUCAUCACUACAGAUCUGGAACAGGAGGUUGAGGGGAUGAGGAAAGAGCUCAUUCUCAUGAAGAAGCGCCAUGAGCAGGAAAUGGUAGAACAUCAUGUGCCAAACGACUUCAAGGUCAAUGUGAAGGUGGAUGCAACUCCAGGCGAGGAUCUAAUUAAGAUCUUGGAGGAUAUGAGGCAGGAAUAUGAGUUUAUAAUAAAGAAGAAGCAUCAAGAGUUGGACACUUGGUAUAAAGAGCAGUCAGCAGCCAUGGCGCAGGGAGUGGCCAGUCCAGCAGCUGUGCCGAGCAGCCAAAGUGACAUCCAUGAGCUGAAGCGCACUUUCCAGGCCCUGGAGAUUGACCUGCAGGCGCAGUGCAACAGGAAAUCUGCUCUGGAGAACAUGCUGUCAGAGGCCCAGGCCCGGUUCUCCUGCCAGCUCCAGGACAUGCAACACGUCAUCUCCCACUACGAGGAUGAACUGAGGCAGCUACGCCAUGACCUGGAGCGUCAGAACAACGAAUACAAGGUUCUCCUGGGCAUCAAGACCCACCUGGAGAAGGAAAUCGCCACCUACCACCGGCUUCUGGAGGGAGAGAGUGAGGGGACAAUGGAAGAAUCAAAGUCAAGUGUGAAAGCAUCUGCAGCUCCAAAGAUCAAGGCCAUCACACAGGAGAGCAUCAAUGGAAGAAUAAUUCUUUCUCAAGUGAAUGAGAUCCAAAAGUAUGCAUAAAGCCAAUGAAAAUUUCUGCCUAUUGUAAGAGCUACUCUUCCCCAAUAGAAAUCUUUGCCCAGACAUGAUGGGUGAGUCCUAAGUGGUAUCCUUGGAGUUAUCAAACUCAGAAACUUUUUUUUCCUCUGGAACAAUGUCACAAGUUACUCCAUAAUGAUCUUAAUAUAUUGCUGCACUUUCUGAAUCACAGUAUGAGUUCAUGAGCAUAAAGCUCUACUUUCCUACUAUAAUCUUCAAAUUGCCAUCCUGUGUAUUUGUUUUGUAGCCAAUAAAACUUUAUACCAGCUGCAUUA